AUGGUUAACACACGAUCAGGUCUUCCUCCCGCAAGCUCAUCCGCUCCCAUCCCUCAUUCUGCCGAAGAUCAACCAGCUUCCCAUGAAGAAUCGUCAGGAGUGUCUGCACCUCUACCAGUGGUCAUCACAACCGAAGCCUUUGAAGAGCUCUGUCAGCAGGUGGUCACGCUCACGCAACUCUUAAGUCAAAGAAAUUCACAUCCGUCGCCAGCGCAGGUGGAGCAUGGCGAUUUUAUGGCUGAUACUCGAGCACGACCACCAAACCCCACAACUAGCGGAGUAGGAACCUCGAGUACUCACAAUAUGGCCUCGGGGUUGAGAUCGGUCGCCAUGGAUUUCGGUGAAAUUGCCCGGAUUAUUCAAGAAGGAAUUACAGCUGGCCUGCAACGGAAUGCUCGGGGGCCAACAGGUUUCACCCCUAACACUCCAUUCACGCCAGAGAUAUUGUCAUAUCUCUUGCCCAAUAGAUUCAAAUAUCCUCGCAUCAAAGAGUAUGAUGGGAUGACCGACCCCAUCAACCAUCUCAAUGUAUACACUGAUGUCAUGAACUUGCAAGUUGCGCCAGAUCAGGUUAUGUGCAAAGCCUUUCCACAAACACUGACUAAUGCUGAUAGGGAUUGGUUCUCGACAUUGGAGCCCAACUCCAUAGCCUCAUUCUUAGAUUUGAUUGAUAAGUUCUCAGCCUUCUUUGCAAGUAGCAAGCGAAUCAGGAAGACCGCGGCCUCUCUCAUGCAACUUCGCCAGGGACCAAUUGAGACCCUACGAGGAUUCAUGACAAUGUUUAACAAGGAAAGGCUUCAAAUACCCGACUUUCACAUCACAGCAGCUGUCUCUUCCCUCACUUAUGCCGUAAGAUGUGAAACUUUCAAGAUGUCUUUAUCAAAGAUCCCGCCGCAGACGAUCGAGAACAAGAGGCAGCAUGAUCCCGUCUCCCAGCAUGAGCUUCCUCGGGAUAAGCGCAGGAAUGAGGCGCCGUCAGCACCUCUCACUCGAUUGAACACCUCUAAGACAAACAUCUUGAUGGAGGUUAAGGAUAUGAAAGAAUUAAAGUGGCCUUUAAGGAUGAAGUCGCCCCCUGACACAAGAGAUAGGAGCAAGUAUUGCGAAUUUCACAGGGAUCAUGGGCAUACUACAGAGGAUUCAUCCGGCGGAGACACAAGUAGUGGGCGGAAGCAGUAUGCCCCCCAACAUUCUCAUACCCCAAGAGAAUCCAGUAAUGAAGUUAAAGACAUCAAUUUUGGUGCAAGAGAUUUGCAAGGAAUAUCAUAUCUUUAUGAUGAUGCCUUGGUCGUUUCUGCAGUUGUGGCUAACUUCGAAAUAAAGAGGAUUCUAGUUGAUAAUGGGAGUGCAGCAAAUAUACUUUCGCAGGAUGCUUUCGCCAAAAUGGGGAUCUCUCCCAAACAGCUCAAAGCAGUAAAAACUCCCCCACAGGGAUUUGGUGGUGAAGUCAUUAUCCUUGAAGGUAUCGUCGAACUCCCGCUUACAUUAGGAACUGGUAAUACACAAGUGACGGAGAUCAUACCAUUCCAAGUGGUUAAUACCCCAAUGGCCUACAACAUCAUUCUGGGAAGACCCCUACUGAACAAGAUACGGGCUAUUGUGUUAACUUUCCACCUGGCCAUGAAGUUCCCCACAGGUCAUGGCAUUGGAGUAGUUCGAGGAGAUCAAACAGCUGCUAGAUAG